UUCACUCUUUUUCUAAAGAUCUGGCAGAGCAAGCCGUCGGCUCACAAUUUGAGCGUAAACCAUCGCGAAUUCUGCAAAGGACAAGGGUCACCUGAAUUUUACUUAUGGGAAUUUUGAAUAAUUUCUCACGGGUAGAGAUCGCCACUUAAAUUUUCGAAAUAUUACUGUAAAUUAUGGAAAAAAAUCAAAGAAGCAGAUUAAAGUCUGAGACGUUGUAGAUUUCAAUUAUUUUGAGCCAAUAUGUUGACAUGAAUUAUUUUAUCAUAAACGUUAGCAACAAUCUUAUCCCACUGGAGAGCGUGUUGAGCUUCCUUCUCAAAACAAGAUGAAAAAGAUCAGCGGCCCCUCGUUUUAGAUGUGAAUCAUGCUCCCGUGCCGUUGAUCACUCGUCGGCGCCGUAGUAUAUCGGAGCAAAAAUGGCACUGGUGAUGCUGCCAUGUGAUCUGCCUUGGUGGCCGCAAGUGCAGAGACUCCUGGGUCAAUUGCAACCGCAAGAUGACGGAUCAAGCGUGCCGGUCGAGAAGCUGGCUCGAGUUCUCACCAGCAUCCACGCGCUCUGCAAUGUCGGACUGGACCCCGAUGAGCCAGAUACAGUGGACCCUGAGCAAUUCACCAAAUUGUCUUGGUUUCUGGAAAAAGAGUGCGACGAGUACGAGAGAGAAGAGAUACUUUCCAAGUCCAUUCCGUGCAUGGUAAAAUACGCACUCAAGCUGAAAGAGCUCAAGCCAGCCAAUGGUGUUCAUUUUAGUUUACAGCAGCAAGAGGACUAUGUGUCGAUGGAGAAACGGCUGGCGGCCUCGUUGCUAUCGCACGCUUUCUUCUCUUCAUUUCCGAAGCGCUCGCUCAAAACCCACCCCACGCUCUUGGACUUCAACUUCAGCCACUUUUUUAAGCACUUGCACUUACCAAGUCAGCAGGCCAAAUUUCGCAGCCUCAUGCAUUACUAUGCGCUACUCAGUUCCAAUGAGCCACAAGGAAGCAUUUCAGCGUCUAGAAGAGUUCUGACCAGUACCAAGUGGUUAACCGUGGAAGACUGGCUGGAGAGUGACCUGCCCCUUUGUCCUGUGAUGGUGAGACAUCAGCCCCGGCCGGAGAGGGUGCCCGAGCCCUCCGCGCUGGUGCUCGCCCCGUGCGACUCGCAUGUCGGCUUGGACGUACUCGGCGAAGGCUUCAGUCCCGAGUGCCGCUUGCUAAUUGGCCAGCCCGAAACAUUGGUGCUGCUCCUCUUUUUUGAAGCCCUCGAAGACAAUGAAACCUUGUUGCUGGAAGGCGCAAGUCGGACGGCCAGACUCAAUCCUGCACCACCGUAUUUUGAAAGCAUCGGAAUGGACACGUGGCCGAAUCAGACGAGCCAGUUGCUUAGUUUCGCCGACCCAGAAGACUUCUCCGACCUGCCGCCGCGCCAGUACGAAGAGGACAAUAUCCUCAGAGAGCUCAACAAACUGUUCCUGGCCUUUCAGCCGGCCAACAACAAACAAAUUCCAAACAGCCACUCCAAGUGCCCGGCCGCCAGCCUCGCGAGCAUCCACCCAACUUGCAAGCGGCUAUCUCCGAUCGGCGAGUCUUUCAGUUCUGGCACGCCGCCUGAAAUUCCUUCGCCGGCGAACGCGCCACAAAAGCGGUUCACUUUCAACAACGGCAACAAUAAUUGCAGCAGUAAAAAGCUGCUCGAGGUGGAGCGUAAGGGCCGAUUCAUCGCACUCGGCUCGUCAGGCGAGUUGCUCCCUGUCUCACGAAACGACGUCCUGGGCUUAGCAUCUGCGUACCGCUUCACUGGACCGAGACAUUCGCUAAUCGGCAAGCAACCCUCGCCAGCACCAAUGCUCGCGGCAAAGACCAAGCUGAGCAAAAAGUUUUCCAGCAGUAGCAGCGCGCACGGCGAUGCCGAUUCCAGCGACGACGAGGACGAGUUCCACAGUGCGAAAGAGAGUUUGGACUGUAGUGAAGAUGGCAACGGUGCCCAGAUAUUCGGCCACGAAUUAGACACUCCACAGAGACGAUGCAGUUUUGCUCAACGGCUGAGGGAAGCACUGAAAAGAGAAGCUGGCGCGCUCGGCUUUAACUCUGAACAGGGCAAUAAAGACACAGAAGAUUUGUGCUCGAGUUCGUCAAGCUCAGAGGGCGAAGAGGACAUGUCCCGAUCAAAGCCACGGAGAGCCGGUUCUUUCGGAUUCGCUCUACAAGACGAGCAAGACCUAGGUGGAGAAGUGACGUUGCCUCAAAGAUGGCUAAAAAAAGCGCUUUCCAAAGAGAGUGAAAGCGUGGAUGACUCUAACGCGAGUCAGUGCGACACCGACUCGGAACUGGAACAACUCUACGAACACUUUUCUCGCUGGCUGGACCGCGAGGGGGAGGAGGAGGCGCAGGACGAGGCCGUCCGCAGCUUCGCCAGAGGACUGCUGACCCGGACGCUGAGUGACUGCGGCGCCGCCUCGGCCACCGCAAAGAGCACCGGGGUCACUAGGUCUCUCAGCGAGGCUGCAGGCAGCACUUGCAACGGGAGAGCACCUAGACGACUGGCGGCCCACCUGGCAUCCCUUUUGGGCGAUGGGAAAGCUGGCCCACGACCAGUGGCGUCUGGAUCUUGGUGGCGAGGCUGUUUCACCACCGACGCCCAACUGAAAGUUGUUCUCCAGUGGCUGGCCGCCAGUCAGACCGAAUGCUCAUGUUUGCUUUUCUACACUGAAAGUGUCGAUUCUUUGGCUAAGUUGGAUACUUUGUGCAGAGUAAUCGUGGACCGGCAGUGGACUGUGGGUGAGCUGAUGAGCGCGGUUUUGCGAUUCGCCCAGAGCACCCUAGAACUGUCCGAAGAUCCCGCGAACCCAAUGCCCGAGGGCGAGAUCCCAAGGGCACUGUUCAACGAGCUGAUUGGGGCCGAAAGGUCCCAAGUGGUUGUCGAAACAGAACUAUGACCCCGAUACCUUGGCAAGCAACAAAGGCUGUGCAGAAAUGAGAGACCUUAACUUCAAUUAAGAGACCUUUUGUACUGACACUAAUCACGACAUGAAUUUGAAAUUCCUUCUGUGCCUUGAACAUGUGUCGAAUAAAAAUCCCGUCUUCUUUCUUUUCGGUAGUCACGACUGCUUGUUAGGUGGAUCAAAGAAUAUUGCCUGAUUUUAGUUCCAUAUUUGUACGCUUGCUUUAUUACUUUUCAAAAAUAAAAACAGGAAUUCUAAUAAUCAUGA